AUGUCAAUAAUUGGAACAGUACACGAAGAUGUUACAACGGAUGUUUUGGGCCAAAUCGGCUCUUGGCAAUGGCUGGUGACAAUGGUUUCGGCAGCUCUCAUGGUGCCUCCAAUGUUGAAUCAAUAUGAAGACAUGUUCCUGCUGGCGUCCCCCUGGGGAAUCGAGUGCGAGGUCCCUGGCUCCUCAUCAAUAUUUAACAAGAGUUUGUGCUCUUUCUCUUUUUUAAAUGGCACGCAAGUACAGAAAUGCAGUGUAUGGCAUGUCAAAUUCCUAUGGAUAUUUUCGAUUAAGAAAACCUGGCUGAUGUUCUGCGACCAUAAAAUAAAGGCAUUAUCAACAGCAAUCAUUUGCCGAUUAGGUCUAGUAUUUGGCUGUAUAAUUUUCGGCCUUGUUGCAGACAGUUUUGGAAGAAAAUUAGCCAUCACGAUAGAUGUUAUAGCAGAACUUGGAUUUCGUUUAAUAUUAACAUUCUGUGAUUCAGAGAGCUGGUUUCUUUUGUUAAUUUUCUUAAGAUCACUAUUUGCAAGCGCAAAUAUUUACAUGGGAAUCAUACUAACAUGUGAAAUCGCUAGCACUUCUUGGCGAACUCUAUUAAAUGCAGUCGUUUCAAUUCCUAGGAUGCUAACAACCGUAUGCAUAGUUCCUUUGGCAAACGUCGCACCUAAUUCUGAGACUUUCAACUUUGUAGCGUGCAUACUUAGUGCCUCUAUGCUAAUACUUCUCAGAUGGAUUCCAGAAUCACCACAAUGGUUACUCUACAACAGAAGAAUUCCCAAAGCUGAACAAAUUAUGUUGAGGGCUGCUAAAAUAAAUGGUAUCGAACUUUGCAGUGAUUUCAGAAUAAGACCCGUCAAUCAUAAAGCCUACCAAUGUUUAGAUGAAAGUUGGACAUGUGUCAAUAUACUAACAACACAUAACAUAAGAGUUCUGUCGUUUACAAUUUUAGUAUUCUGGACAUUUUACUUCUUUAUAUCGAGCUCUUUGUACAUAAGGAUACAUUAUAAGCAACAACACUACGGCUUAUUGAAAACAUUUUGUUUUGUUGUCCUCCUGGGACUUUUAAACUGCUGCUUGUCCAAAAACCUCAAACUCAAGUGGUUACUUAAAAUGAACUUGGCCUUUAUUGGUACUUCUAGUACAGGGCAAAUUUUUAUUCACAUGUUAAAAUUUAAUAAUACAAUAACUAACAUCAUAUCUCCUUUAGCAUUGGCAGCUAGUGUCAUUGUACACGGAUUAAUUCUAAACAUAACUCCGCGACUGUUCGCAAUAAACAUCAGAGCUACUUUAUUUGGAUGCUGUUAUUCUAGUGGACACCUUGGUAGUAUAAUAUGCUACCUAAUAGUGACACUCCGUGCAGUUGAUGACGUCACGAUGAUGAUCAUGGAAGCUGGGCUGGCAGCACUCCUGAUUGUUUUAUGUUGUGUAUUGCCCGAUGUAGAGGGAAGGGAGUUGCCCGACGUUUUGGAGGAUAUGGAUUACUUCUCAGAGUUAUCAAAACCUCUUAGAUGGGCGUCUCAAAAGACCAACUCUCCGUCACAUGAAGAAGUCGAGAUGAGAGUGUAUUCCUUUGGCAGUGCAAAGCAUAACCCCUCAACCCGCAGCCAUUCAAACGAACGUCUUCCUGCAAGACGAAUAGGAUUCGUGCAUAUGGGGCGUUUCCUUCGAAGAUAG